AUGCACACUUACCAGCAAAGCCACCCCGGCCAUACUUGCCAUAUUUGCUUGGAGUGUUGGGGAUGCGGAUGUUUGCGUCAUACCCAUGGGCGCCUCUUGCGACAAGUGCUCUCUACGAUCCUCUUGAGCAGCAUUGCAUUGGCCUUCGCCAGCAUGGGGGCGUUGUUGUGCGGCAACGUGGUCCAUCACCUUAUCUUAGGAAAGGACAUCAUGCACUCUCGGAUCAUCAAUCUCAGCAGCUCCAGGAGUUCUGAGGUGGUCCUGAUGUUGAACGACACUGCCAAUGCGGUCUUGGCAUGUGAGCAGGCGAUCAUCAAAGCCAAGUUGGAUCGGUUGAAUCCCACAGAUCUCCAGUCCAUCGACACGGCCAUCGCGCUGCUGUCCAACGAAGUCCUCAUGACGUCCAACGUGCAUGGACUGCGGCUGGUCCUCACAGGUGCCAAUCGCCGCAGCAUCGUGCCCCCCACGGCGCUCGGCGUGGCCGAGCCAGACAUGGCAACGCCAUGGAUCCGACCUCGAGAUCAGGUCGACCUCGAGCGAAGUCGGAAGGUCCUGAUGCGAGUGACGCAUCAGCUGGUGUUGUCGAUCCAGCCAGCAGAUGUCACCCAGUUUGGUCCACCCGAGGAGUUGGAAGAACGACUCCAAGCAUUGCUGGCGGCCAACAACGAGAAGCUCAUCCAAAGGAUUACCCGCACGCUGGCGCCGGAGUGGAUCUCCGAUGGGGAGACGGUCUCCGAGGCCACGGAGGAGGUGUCGACACUGCAACCUCCUAGCAAAGGGCCGUCCCUGCGCAGCGGCACGGUAGACCGCACCAGCGGCACUUCAGCAGUCAACCGCACCAGCGGCGCUUCGGCCGUCAACCGCACCAGCGGCGCUUCGGCCGUCAGUCACCCCUCAGUAUCCCACAACGCCUCGGCGGAGACCGUCAAUGUGGAUGAACUGGAAGGGAUCAAUGAAGAAGAGGAAGAGGAGGGUCCAGAGCAACGCGAGCGCAAGAUGCGGCAAUCGAUCACUUCGUUAAACUCCGCCGACGAGCGCGCCUACAAGUCAGCACUCGUGAAGCAGCAAGACAGGCAGCACCGACGCGAUCAAGUCUUAGCGUCCAGCGGCAGCAGCGGCUUGAGCAAAGCCAAGGAGACCUGUUUGGAAGCGAAUCGCCGUGUGGUGGCUUCCUGGUCUUUCGAGACGUUCUUUGCCGUUUGCAUUUUUUCAAACGCCGUCUUCAUCGGUGUGGAAGUCCAAUACGCUUCCUUGAACCGUACCUCAAGGUUGCCAGAUAUCUUCUUCGUCUUGGAUCAGACUUAU